AUGCAAGGCAAUAACCAACCGGACCACCGUCUCCCACCGAGACUAUUCGCCACCGACCGUUUCCCGAGUGGACGCCACAACAUUUACUCGAAGCCAGAGCUUCUAGCUUUCAUCCGUCAUGUUCUUCGCGACACCGAAGAGUUCAAGUAUAUUAGAAGCUCUUGCUUCGGGAAGCUAUUUGACCUCCCAGCGCGUCAGUGUCCGUCUUCGGGUAAAAUGAUACACGCCAUGUUGACCAGACAACUAGUCUGUGGAGACAAACACACACUCUGGUCUGUUUUCGGAAGCGAUCCAAUCAAGUUCGGCCUCCAGGAGUUUGGCACCAUUACCGGUUUGCCUUGUGGAGCUUUCCCUGUUGGAUACACCCUUGAUAAAGAAGACCAUUCUACAGCAAACAAAGACCUUGAUUGGAUCAAGUUGAUAGGGAAAAAGAGAUUCACAACCAUUGCUGAUUUGCGUCACAAGCUAGAGACCGACAGACACAUGCCAGGGCGAAAGAAGCUACAGCUUGCUUUGAUAAUAAUAGUCGAUGGUGUCCUCAUUGCUCAUCAACAAACGCCACGCCCUACUCUGAAGUACGUUAGAAUGGUCCAAGACGUUGACGCUUUCUGCUCACACCCUUGGGGUAGAGAGUCUUUUAUCAAGACUAUUGCUUGCAUGAAGCCUCCGAAGUUCGUUCCUUUGAAAUGUGAAGACCCAAUCGGAGCAAUGGUUCAGCUCCUCAAGCAGGAGACAUUGAGGCUUAGAGGAUUCCCCCUUGCACUACAACUCCUUGCAUACCAGGCGGUCCCAAAACUACAGUCAACAAUUCCAAUCCCGUUUGAUUCUCAUACAAUUAUGGACCUAGACGGCCCCAAUCUUCCUUUCUACCCAGCGCCCAGCACCAUCGAUAUUAUAAGGGUUGAAGCCGAUCCUGAUCUUCAGGUCACAUCGCUGAUACCAAUACAUAGCCAACCACAACCUGGAUGGGGAGCUUGGCCUGAUGUCUCCAACGACGACCGUGUGUCAUACAUGGAGCAACUUAUAGCUGACCAUCGCCCCUUCACGAAGGACCUUUGGCAUGGUGGAGUCACAUCUGAGCCCUUUAUCACUACUACUACAAAUGAUGAAGAUCAACCCAAAGCUAAGAAGACCAAGCCGGAAGCACCUCCCAAAAAUGCCUACAAGCCAAAAACACUCACCAAAAAAGUUCUCAAAGCAAGGAAGACAUCAAAGAAAAAAGACACGGUCCGUAAGCAGAGACGCAUCAGUUGCUACUUUCAUUCCGCGGCUCCUUCCAGCACAUCAGAAGACAAAAUACUGGAGCUCCUCUCUGCAAUUUCAGAUCAAGUCUCCAAGCUUCAAAAGGAGUCAAAGCUGCUUCGAAAAUUGCUUAAGCACAAGAAGACUACAACUUCUUUGAAGCGCUCUGCCUUCAACACUCUACUCGGAGAAGGAUUGGUAAAGAAAGGCAACACUUCUGUUGCACACAAAGGAUGUCAGACUGAAGCAACAAACGUCAACGUUCCUGUCUCUUCACACGAUGUAUGCCACACGGAGCCAAAAGCUGAUUCCUCUCACCAUACGUUGCAAGCUCUUAUGGAGGAAGAUCACAGCCACUCGCCGGUCGUCAGCCAAUACGCGGCACAGCUCUACGGCUCAACUUCUCACAGCAAGUCCACAACUGGUUUCGUAGGCCAUGCGACAGCAAUCAAUGCAUUCUCAGCCACCGCUACAUCCAAACCUUCCUCUGUUCCCAACACCCAACAUUUCUCUGCUGUACAGGCUCAACCAACUGACGACAGCGACAUUGUGUCUUUGAGCGACGGCUCUCCAGCUCCACAAACGCCCAAGCACAUUCCAUCAAUGGAAGAAGACCACAUUGGAAAACAACUCUUGUGCUGCAAGACUGUCCCUGCGCCAGACCUGUUAAGCCCACUACCUCAAAUUGUGUGGGAUCUUUUCGAAAAGAUCAUUUCGAAGUUUAGUGCUGCGUUCCAUAUAACUCCCUCCAAACUCGACUUCUCCAACAACUUCCUACUCCAACUAGCACAGCCUAUGAAUUGGACAACAACUUACCACAUGGAAAUCCUCAUGCACAUGCUAGAUGCAAAGUAUAGUUGCCUCUUCGAAGAGCAAAAACUUGUCUUCAUUACCCCUCACCAUACUUCUGGAAUCCAGGCAAUAUCCAAGGAUUUCAACAAGUCAAGAAAGAGAGAUACCUUCGCAUGGGACGACCAGCUGACGGGUCUUGUUCUCCAGCCCGGGAAGAAAUGGAUGGAAGAUGUGUUGACUGUCUACACACCCAUGAUAUGGGGCGAUAAACACAGGGUUGGUCUUGCGAUAAACCUCGACUUGGGCGUUGUUGAAGUCUUAGACCCUCUCCCCACUUUGUACAAGGACAGUACUGCUGGUCGUUUCAUGGCUCCGGUCCUCAAGGCGUUACCUUACCUUGUUAAGAAGGUUGUAAACUACCAGCUCACUCAGUUUCGCGGCCUUGCACCUUUUACAUGGCAUCGUAUCAAAGACCUCUACAUCAACGAAAGGGGAGGCGACUGUGGACCUGUUACUGCCAAAUUCUUGGAAAUGCACGCACACGGGGAUCCAGCAAACAUGUUAAGCAUCACAGACCGCGAUGUUGAUGAUUUCCGUAAACAGUUCGUGCUUGACAUCUACAAGACCAUUGUACUGCCUGCUUACUACCCUCCAGCAUAG